AUGUGGUUCUACCAUCAAGUUUCAAAAUUUCCAGCAGUGGAGGGUUUAAGGGACACUGAGGACGUUGCUGAUGGUGGUUCUGGCGGUGGAGAGGAGUGCUCCUCCCUUCUGAUACGAGCCAACGAGGUAAGAGAUGACGCAGAGGAUGACGACGAAGCUGAGAUAGAGACGACAAUGAAACAUGGAGAGGUAGAUGAUGCCAAAUACGGUUAUGGAGGUUACCCAGGGCGUGGUGGGUAUUAUGGUGGUGGUUAUCCUGGCCGUGGUGGCUAUGGCGGUGGCUAUCCUGGUCGUGGCGGCUAUGGAGGUGGUUACCCAGGCCGUGGCGGCUAUGGUGUACUCCUUAUCUCCUCUGAGGUAGCAGCUAGGGACUUGCCUAGGUCUUCCUCAAAUCAUGCUGAGGCAGAGACAAUGAAACAUGGAGAGGUAGAUAAUGCUAAAUACGGUUAUGGAGGUUACCUAGGGCGUGGUGGGUAUUAUGGCGGUGGUUAUCCUGGCCGUGGUGGCUAUGGCGGUGGCUAUCCUGGUCUUGGCGGCUACAGAGGUGGAUACCCAGGCCGUGGCGGCUAUGGUGGUGGCUAUCGAGGAGGAUAUUGCCGAUAUGGAUGCUGUGGCGGAUGGUACGAAGGAAGCUGCAGAAGAUGCUGUUAUUACACUGGUGAAGCUGUGGAUGCACAACCAAAUACUGAAACUCAUAGCUAA